AUGCAGGCGACGGCACAUUCUAUGAUCGAUGAGGUCGACUCAUUCAAGUAUCGCGUUCCCAGACCCAACUACUUGCCACACAAGCCCGGUCUCGAUGAGACAAUAAUAGAAGAAUACAAUGUGCCUCUUGGGCGACCAUCGGAGCGAGAGCAUGCGGAGUACUACCUCAAGAUGAAGCGCGCGGCGCAAGAAAUGGGCAUCACCAAACCGAAAGGCUACAACGUCUCCUUCCACACCAAUCCCGAAAUGGAGAAGCACCACUUCGGCCAGACGCAUCCCAUGAAGCCUUGGCGACUCACCCUUUCCAAGAGCCUCAUCUCCGCGUACGGCAUGAACUUUGCCAUGGACAAUUACAUCUCCAGGGCAGCUACAUACGAGGAGCUUGCCUCGUUUCACACCACUGACUACCUGGAUUUCCUAGCCACUGUGCCGCCAGAGCCCGUGCCUCGGGACGUCGACAACCAGAAUCCGGAUCUUAAGUUUAAUCUGGGUGGUUCCGAUUGCCCCCUGUUUGAGGGAUUGUACAACUACUGUUCCAUGUCCGCAGGUGGCUCUCUUGAUGCCGCAAGGAAACUCUGCACCAAGCAAUCCGACAUUGCCAUCGCUUGGGGAGGUGGGCUUCAUCACGCAAAGCGGAUGGAGGCAUCGGGAUUCUGCUACAUCAACGAUAUCGUCGUCGCUAUCUUGCAGCUCUUGCGAUGCUUCCCGCGGGUGCUCUACAUCGAUAUCGACGUCCACCACGGUGACGGUGUCGAAGAGGCUUUCUUUUCUACUGACAGAGUCAUGACGGUCUCAUUCCAUAAAUAUGACCCCUUGAAUUUCUUCCCCGGUACCGGUGGUCUCGAGGACAAUGGCCCUAAGAAUGAACAAAAUCCUGGCGCCCACCACGCACUCAAUGUCCCUCUCAACGACGGCAUCACGGACGAGCAAUACUAUGAACUCUUUACCACCAUCAUAGGCCAGACCAUAGAAAAGUUUCGGCCUAGCGCCAUCUGUCUGCAGUGCGGCGCCGAUUCCCUGGCGGGCGAUCGACUCGGCCGCUUCAACCUUCAGGUCCAAGGCCACGGCGCGUGCGUAGAGUUUUGCAAAGGUCUCAACAUCCCUCUGCUUCUCGUUGGCGGCGGCGGGUACACUCCGCGCAACGUAGCUCGAGCGUGGGCCUACGAGACAUCCAUUGCCAUUGAACAGAUCCUCGGCGAGCCCAGACAGAAUAAGAACUCGGCUAAGAAGCUACAAGAAAUUGUUCAGCAUGUCUCGGAGCAACUACGCUUCGUUGAGGCGGCGCCCAGCGUUCAGUUCCAGCACAUUCCACCCGACCUUGGUGGCAUACGCGAUGAAGUGGAGCAGAAGCUACAGGAAGAGAAGGAAGAGAAGGAUCCUUUUCUCAGGAGAGAAAAGGAGGAGGCAAUUGGCACGGCCAUGGAAUACUAA